AUUUGAAGUCCUUCCCUCCAACUUAUUUGCUCGUGCUUCCGCAUGCUUCUUCCGUUUCCGCACCACUUGGCUCAAGCUGGCCCAACAUCUAAGAAUCUGGAGGAGGGCCACACGGGAGGCUUACCAAAGGCCGCCAAGAUGGGGCAGGGCUUACCAAAGGCCGUCACCUCGGUGGCGGUCAAGCGAGUUGGUGGCACAGCCUUUCGCGUUGGUUUUGCAGAGAUGAACGGAUGGCGACCGAGCAUGGAGGAUGCCCACGUCAUCUACGCCCAAGACACUUGGGGUUUCUUUGGAGUUUUCGAUGGUCACGGAGGUGAUCAAUGUUCGGGCUUCAUCGCCAGACGAAUCCACGAAGAGUUGGCUCAGAGUGGAAUGCCGGAUGACGAUGAGGCCGUAAUAGCUUUGGCGCUUCGCCUGGACAAGGAGUUCCUGGACUCAAACCAACCCAGCGGCUCUACCGGCACCUUUGUGAUUGUCAAAGCUCCAACCACACCAGGAGGCAACUACCACCUCCGUGUGGGCAAUAUCGGUGACAGCCGUGUUCUGCUUGGCAGGGCAGAUGGCUCAAUCUAUCCAGGCCCAGGUACUGACAGUGGCCUGACGACGGACCACAAGCCAGACCUUCCAAGCGAGCGUCAGAGGAUCGAGCGGACGGGCGGAAACGUGCAAGAGGUUAUGGGCGUGGCCAGAGUGAAUGGUGACCUAGCAGUCAGCCGUGCUUUUGGCGAUGCUCAGCACAAAACAACAGGAGGUCCAAAGCCCGAGGAUCAUCCAGUUUGCGCUGCACCUGAACUUAUGGAGUUCGAAUGUGGACCCACUGAUUUCCUCAUGCUGGUGUGUGAUGGAAUCUCAGAAGGCAGCUUCCCCAACGAGGCAGUUGUACGUUUGGCAGCUGAAAAGCUGAAAGCUGAGGGCCCUGUGGAUCCGGCUCAGGCUGCAAUUGCGGUCUGCCACGAGGCGAUAAAAUGUGGAUCAAAGGACAACCUUUCUUGUAUGGUUGUUCUCCUCGGGGGUGGUGAAGUUCCUGGAGAAGGAGUGGAGUUUGUCCCAGGUCCUUUUGAAGCGCCUGAAAAUGCCGCUUUCCGAAAGGCCUAUGCGGCCAUGGCAGAACAUGCGGGGAUGUCCUUGCCGCAAGCGUUGGAGAAGCGCUUCAGAAAUUGCCGUUCUGAAUUAGCGCAGGCUGAUCCCAAUUCCGAGGGUGCAAAGGAACUGCAGGCAGAAAUGGCCCAGUAUGGAAGUGGCCCUUCAGAAGACCUGCCAGAAGGCAGCAGCGAGCGCAUUGAAUGGUUCAAUAACUGGCUAGAAAGCAGGAAUAGUACUGAGAAUGCUGCCGGUUUGGGUGACGGAGCUGAACCAGAUGGUGGGAGUGGUGGACUGACGCGAGACCAGCUUUGGGAGAUGAUCCAGAACAAUCCGCGCCUGCGCGAUAUGGCAGAAUCAAAUGGCCUAGGCUUUGAGCGACUGCUCAUUCAUGACCGCGAAGAGCCAAUGAGGGCGGUGCGGGUGGCAAAGCUUGAGGAGCUGAAACCUGCUGUUGAAGCGCAUUCCGCGCUGAAGUGGGACGACCGCUUGGCUGAUGCUUGUGGUUGUGAAGGGAUUGUUCUCAGAGACGAUGAGUCCGAUGGAACAGCACAGGUGAGAUUUCCACCGCCAUUGGGAUUCAAAGCGUGGCUUCCGACAAGUAUGCUGCAGGAAGUAACACAGCCCUGCAAGAAAGUAAAGGCAUGCGACAUAGAUCAGCUGAAAGAGGCUGUUCAGGCGCACUCGGCUUUGAAGUGGGAUGACAGACUGGCCAAGCUAAGUGGUGAAGAAGGAAUGGUGGUCCAACAGGACAAGGAGGAUGCCACUUUGCAGGUUCGGUUUCCUUCCGUGUCGCUGACAGCCUGGUUGCCGGAGUCCACACUAACCUACAUCGAGUCGUCCGAGGCAGCUGUGGCAGAGGAAGCAAAUGAACAAGGUGAGAGUAGUUAGAUCAAGCUGACAGAGGUCCACAGGGGCAAGCCGCACAC